GGAUGCGGUCCCACCUCUUCCUCCUCUUUCCCCUCCUCUUCCUCCUCCUCUUCCUCCUCCUCUUCCUCCUCGACUGCUGCGGGGGCUGAGGCGGCGCUCGGUGUCCCCGUUAUCCGCGGCGCGAUGGCCUCGACCUGCGAGCGCACCUUCAUCGCCAUCAAACCCGACGGCGUGCAGCGAGGGCUGGUGGGAGAGAUCAUCAAGCGGUUCGAGCAGAAGGGCUUCCGAAUGGUGGCCAUGAAGUUCCUGCAGGCCUCUGAAGACCUUCUCAAGCAACACUACAUUGACUUGAAAGACCGACCCUUCUUCCCUGGUCUGGUGAAAUACAUGAACUCCGGACCUGUUGUAGCCAUGGUAUGGGAAGGACUCAACGUGGUUAAAACUGGGCGAGUGAUGUUAGGCGAAACAAACCCCGCAGACUCUAAGCCUGGCACCAUCCGGGGUGACUUCUGCAUUCAAGUAGGAAGGAACAUCAUCCACGGCAGCGACUCUGUGGAAAGCGCACAGAAGGAGAUCAACCUGUGGUUCAAACCUGAGGAGCUCAUUGACUACAAAUCUUGUGCUUACGAUUGGAUCUACGAGUGAGAUGCAUUUCACAGUGAACGGUGCCUUCGUAACACAUCAUGUCACUCCAGCUCCUGGGAGCAACCACCCUCACGGUUAGCUCGGUCCUUUUCAGCAGUGUCAAAUAAAGGGAUGUGAACGCA